AUGCAGUGGGAAGAUGGUAAUGACAGCGGAGUAUAUCUGGAUGUGACUAUAAUGUGGAAACAUGGUCUUCACAGUACCAGCUCUAAGCCUGUUUCUGAGCCCACUACAGCAAAAUCGGAGACUGAUACUAAGCAGAUAACUCCUGCUCCCCCGAUGCGAAAGCCACAGGAAUCGGUAGAUAUUAUCAAGGAUAGCUCUUCGAAUGACUCAAACGACGAUGUCUUCUCUCCGGUUGCCGUCAGGAGCCCGAAAAUCCCGUCUGUUACGGAAAUUGACGACAAGGAAGAUGGUACAGCGACCCGGGAAGACAUUGAAACUAUAUCCCUGAAAGAUUCCUCUCGAGCAUCAAACACUCCUGUCACAGACGCUGGAGCAAAUGGGGAUAAAGGGGAUAGAAAGUCCUCCUCAUCGAGUGCUAACAGUCAAACAGGGACAUUUGAUGUGGAACGCCCAAGUUCACGGGAAUCUGCAGAGAGCGUGAUUUCACAAACGGAAAGAACAGCACAGGCUGAUACUGCGAGCCAGAAGGCUGAGGAUCAAGCAGCAAAGGCUCGUGAGAAAAAAGAAAAGGACAAGAACGAAAUCAGGAGCCUUCUUGGUGACUUGCCUCCAAUCGCCAAACCUAGGCUGUCAAAGCCACCGUCAGAAUUCACAAGCUUGGCAUCUAUGGGUAGACCGAAGCAUGAAAGCGAGGAGUCGUCUUCGAGGAGCAAAACAAGCUCGGAAAAUGAUGAGCUGCGGGAGAGACAACGAGCUGUCUUCUUCACAGACCCGCUUCAUAAAUCCAUACCACCCAGUGAAACCUCAUCGGUCUCCUCUCCUCCUCCAAGACCUCCGGUUCGUUUACCAGCUAAAGGUGGACGAAGUGCGAUACGAGUAAUGAAUGUGACACCAGAGGAUGACUCCGUCGAUUCAGACGAAAGUCGAACAGUAUCAAUUUUCAUAGAUCGCAUUUAUGUUCCGGAAUUUUCUCGUUUGCUGCACCCAAGCUAUGAUGGUGUCAAGGUCUAUGUGGAUUGGUUCUUCUUGGAUUACCCAUUGGAAGAGUCGAGAACUCCGGAAGCUAUCUCCCUGCCACGAGUUCCAGACAAGUUCCAACUUUCAAAGCGUCGUGUUGCGUUACUAGAGCAAUGGGUUGAGCUGGGUAACCGUCUUGACUUUACCUUGAUAACAGAAGGAGAAGAUAGUGAAGAACUGGCAGUUGCUCAACUGGAACUUAGCCGUACUGCGACUGACGAGACUACGACAAUCCAAUUUCUCGACAUCAAUGGCGAGCAUUAUGCAGAUUUGGACCUUGUUGUCUCCUACCCACCGCAGAUCUUCGAUUGCCUCAAAACUUGA